AUGGGAUUCAGAGUCAUCAUCGUUGGUGGCAGCGUCGCUGGCCUAUCCGUCGCCAAUAUGCUUGAGCAAUUCGACAUAGACUAUGUCCUCCUCGAAGCAUACCCUCAUAUAGCCCCUCAAGUCGGUGCCAGCAUUGGAAUCCUACCAAACGGUUUCCGCAUCCUCGACCAACUUGGAUGUUUCGAGCCUAUCCUCGACAUUGCUGGAGACUGCCGCUACACUAUUGGUGGCAUGUAUGGCCCCGAUGGUCUCCCACUUGCCGCUACUUCACCGACCAGCCUCUCGGUUCACUUUGAGAAAAGGGUUGGGUAUCCCUCCAUUUUUAUCGAUCGACAGAUGUUACUGCAGGUCCUGUACAAGAAUCUCAAUCAUAAGGAUCGAGUGUUGACCAAGAAGCGGGUUACUCGCGUGGAAUUAGUCGAGGGUAGGGUCCAAGCUUAUACCCAAGAUGGUUCCGUCUACGAGGGCGACAUUGUCGUGGGAGCAGAUGGAAUCCACAGCGCAGUAAGGGACGAAAUGUGGCGCCUUGGAAAUGAACAGAGUCCUGGAUACUUCCCUGAAGACGAAAACUCUCGAGUUCCAGUCUCGACCAGGUGCAUCUUUGGAAUCUCGAAGCGGCCCUCGGCUUUGGGUUACAGAAGCCAACAGAUGGUGAUUGGCAAUGGCCACGCGUAUCUAAUCAUAGCAGCACCGGGUGACCGAACGUAUUGGUUCCUCUUCGAUGGUCUCCCAGAGACAAAGCGUGGGAAGGACAUUUCUAAGUACACAAAAGCUGAUGAGGAGGGAUUGGUGAAAGCGCACCAUGGGAAUCACAUCACCCAGGACGUCACCUUUGGGGAGCUGUAUGACCGAAAGAUCAUGUCGACGCUAGUUCCGCUUGAGGAAUAUGUCUUUGAUCGUUGGCAUUACAAGCGCAUCGUCACCAUAGGAGAUUCGGCUCACAAGAUUGACCCGGCAUCCGGACAAGGUGGCAAUGGAGCCAUGGAGUCUGCGGCGCUGCUCGUCAACGCCCUGGUUCGUCAACUGAAACUCAGCCCCGAAGGCCUUUCAGACUCACAGAUAGACUCCGCACUCUCAGAGGUCCACGCCCUCCGCUACGAGCGUGCCAAGCGAUUGGUCGAGCAAGCACAUUCGCUUCAAAUGAUGAUCAGUCAGCGUUUCCCAUUGGCUCGAUUCAUCUUCAAACCUCUUGUUUCGCUCUUUGGCCCAAGCGCCUUUAUUGACAUUGUCACUCCAAUUUGUUGCGAAGCCACGAGAAUCCAAGGUAUUCCAAUUCCGAAACGACCUCACUUCGUUCCAUUCGAGGACGAGUUGCCCGCUAAGCCCAUCAAGGGCAGUCUUGCUAGGCGAGUCCCCUGGGUUCUAGCAACCGGCACUCUUGGACUGUCGCUCUUUGCUGCGCUCAAGAACAAAGACCCUGGAUCUGGAACGGGAGUUCUUUACAGCAUCCUUAAACAAUGGGGCGCUGGAGGGCUCUUGGGAAAGGUAGUUGGGCAGACCUCGGUGGCCGGCCUGGCUAACUUGGUCCCCGUUCUCUCGGGCUGGCUCAUCGAGGGCUCUCGGAGAGGAAAUUCACUCAAUCCAUUGUCAUGGACAACGGUCUACUCGCUCAUAUACUCACUGAUCGGUCCGAACUCAGUGCUGCCAUUCUUCUGUCUGUCAUCUAUCCUCUUCUCCACCAAGUCCACUAUCCACAGACCUGUCGAUCCCAAGAUAGCCAAGUCAAUUGUUCCAGGCAUUCUACUCGGAUACGUGGCACCAACGGUGGCAGAACUACUGCCGAUCAAAGAUGCCAAAGUCAGGCACUACGUAGGGACAUUGUGGCAGGCAUACCCUUUGCUUUGUGCUGUCUUCACUAGAGGGCUCGCUGCUCUCCGUGGCAAAAUGGCCAGCAGAGGACAACAGGAACCCGAUACGAAGGCUAAAGACAGGCCUAUCAACUAUGCUCCCCCGUCCGAACUCCAAGUGUAUACGAACGAGGAUAUAGCGCCUCUCAAGUUCUCUCAUUGCAUUGCGCUUGCUCUCUGUUUGGCUGGUCCCGUCAUCGCCAAAGCCGUAUCAACCACCGACGGGAUGCUGUCAGCCAUAUCUCGAGCCGCACCAUACAAUCAAAAUAUAGGUAUCAUCAGUGCAGCCUCGGGUCUAGCAUAUUCUCUGUACGCUGUCUGGGAAUUGCGUUCACUCGGUUUUCUGAGAACAAAGCAGGCUGUGCUGGGAGGGUUGGCUUCCGUUGGUGUUUUGGGGCUGGCUGGACCCGGUGCCAUGAUUGCGGGCAUUGAUUAUUGGCGCGAGCAUGUCAUCUCCAGCUUAAGUCCUGACACUGAGCUCCCAUGA